AUGGCUCCAACACUCUCCGCUCUUGUGAGCGAUAAGCCAGCGGAUACUGCAACAGCAAUACCCCGAAUUACGGACACGUUUCAUUGCCUCGACGGCAUCGCAUGGUAUGACUCUGCCUUCUUUAUGACAAUUGGAGGCUUCCAGACAACCUCGGGCAAAGCGUACAAAUAUUCCUCACUCAAAGCGUACAAAUAUUCCUCACUCAAAGCGACUUGUAUUCUCUCCAUCUUCAUCUUUGAGUUUGGCAGCCUGAUAUGCGGGCUUGCCUCGAAUCCCGUGACCCUCAUUGUUGGCCGUACAAUUGCUGGCUUGGGAGCGGCAGGCAUUGGUGUGGGCGCAUAUACCAUCAUCGGUUUCGCAGUUGAACCGAAAAAGCGGCCAAUGUUAACAGGCCUCAUCGGCGCAUCCUAUUGCAUCGCAUCUGCUAUAGGCCCUCUCAUGGGCGGCGGAUUUGCCGAGAAUGUCACAUGGCGUUGGUGCUUCUAUAUCAACCUUCCUGUCGGCGGCUUGUCCGGCCUGAUGAUCCUGCUCUUCUUCCAGACUCCAAGUGGCGCCAAACCGGUCGAAGCCACGCUCAAAGAGAAGCUUUUACAGAUGGACCCGGGCGGACAAACGAAGUCGUGGUCCUCGCCCGAUGUUAUUGGCCUUCUCGUUGGUUUCGGGGCACUUUUGACUCUCUUUGCCGCCUGGGAGUUCUCACAGGGUGAGCGGGCUAUACUGGUAUUGCGACUAAUGCGCCCUCGCGCAGUGUGUGUGAACAUGCUCUGUGCCUUCUUUUCAGCAGGCUCAUACUUCGUUAUUGUCUAUUACUUGCCCAUCUACUUCCAAAGCAUUGACAAGGUUGGGCCCAUAGACUCAGGCAUUCGGAACCUGCCUCUAAUCCUGACAGUCAGUUUUGCAACUAUUGCUUCAGGUGUAAGCAUCUCGGUAGCAGGUGUCGCAGCCCCAAUUCUAGUCGCCGCAGCUUCCGUCUCCACCGUCGCGGCGGGACUUCUAUACAUGCUCGAUAUCGGCACAGCAGCCAGAAGUUGGAUUGGUUAUCAAGUCCUCGGUGGCGUCGGUUGGGGUGCCUGCUUCCAGAUCCCCACGAUCGUGGCCCAGGCCAGCGCGGAGCGGCAAGAGCUGGCAUCUGUGACGGCCGUUAUCCUGUUCUUCCAGACUCUCGGUGGCGCCUUCUUUGUCUCAGCAGCACAGGCUGCCUUUGUUAAUCAGCUCAUUAGGCAACCGCCCCUCGUGGCGCCAGACGUGAAUUCGGCUGCAGUGGUUGCCACAGGUGCGACGCAGCUCCGGGCUAUGUUCGACGAAAAGCAAGUCCCGGGAAUCCUUCUUGCGUACAUGGCUGGCAUCCGCAUAGCGUUUGCCAUCGCCAUCGGUGGCGCCGGAACUGUAUUCAUGUGCAGCCUGUCCAGUAGCUGGCGGCUGCUGGACGGUAAUGCUCCUAAUAAUACCGGCGUCAUGUGUUAA